AUGAGCACGCAGCAACCGGCUGAGACCGCUGGUGAUGUGGAAGCUACACAGCAGCAGCAGCAGCAGCAGCAGCAGCAACAACAAGCUCACAGAGCGCCUCGUAACAGUAACAAUAAUAACGGGCCCAGAACGUCGAACCCUAAGAACGCCAGAACGCCUCAUCAAAAAGCGUACUCUGGCAACCAAACGUCGCAUACUGGGAAUACCAACCACAGGUACAACAAGAAUGGUGGCCAUUACAAAGGAAACAGGAAUAACAGCACCAGCAACAACGGCCUACACGGCGAUAACGGCAUGAACAAUGUGCCCUGGGGCUACCAGUCGUACAACAUGGCAGCACAACCGCAAUACUACCCUUCAUACGGAUACAGGUACAUGCCAACAAUGGCGCCUCAAGGUUACGCUCCUGGAAGUCCAGUGGGACCAGCAGGAUCGUUGUCACCAGCAGACGUUGCUGCUAGCACACCUUUAGCGUCGACCUCAACGCCGUCCAUUUCCAAAAAGAUCGAAAUCACCAACAGGUCUGGAGAGCACGUCGAUCUCAAUGCAAUUCAUAGUCAGCACAUCUCCUCCGGAUCAACACCCAUUGUGGUCCCAGAGUCGCCCAAGAAGGAAGCUGUCAAGACACCAGAGUCGAGUGUGUCUGAACAGCCCUCAGCUACUGUACCAGUACCUCAAGCUGAAGCUCCCAAGGAGUCUUCUGCUGAUGAGCAACUGAAAAUGAGUUUCCUCGAACAAGUGCGUUUGAGAAAAGCUAUGCGCGCUCAAAAGAAAACCGAAGAGACCGCGCCAGCCGCCUCUCAACCAGUUGAAAAAUCUUCAGAAGCUGUUUCUGAAGCCGCACCUGCCCAGGUGUCGGCUCCCGCCGAAGCGCCUGUUGAAGCUAACGGGAAGGAGGAAAUCAAGCCAGAAGCUGCCACUGAGACAAGCACCGAAACAGAAGAACAACCUGCCGAAACCAAGGAGGAAGCCAAAUCUGAAUCCGUUGAAGAGCCUAAAGAAACGCCCGCAGAAACCGCCAAACCUCUAACGUUCGCCGAGAAGUUGCGUUUGAAAAACAAAAUUCCACCAAAGACUGAAAACGCUGCAAGUGAUGAGCAAAAGAGUGAAGCAGUGGAGGAACCUCCAAAAACUGAAGAAUCAGCUAAGGUCGAGGAAAGCGGGAAGCCAGAGGUUGAAGAAACGAAGGCUGAAGUCGAAGAAACCAAGGCGGAGAAAGACGAAGAAACAGCCGCUGCUGAUGUGAGCAAUACUGAAGAUGUAGCGGCUCCUGUUGAACAGGGAGAUGAAGAAGCAAAAGACGAGAGUUUGGCUGAGGAUGACGCGAAAAAGGCGGAAGCUGAAAGUGACGCGGAUGUUGACGAUGGUAGAAUGACCAUGACGGAAUUGAUUCAAAGAUUGCAAGCAAUGGACGUUGUUGAAGACUCUUACACUUUCGAGUAUCCCGAAGGAAUCGAAGCCCCAGAUGUCAGACACAAGAAGGAAUCCAUCAAAUACACAUACGGCCCAGCAUUCCUGUUGCAGUUUCAAGAUAAGGUGAACAUCCGUCCAGACGCAGAAUGGAAACAAAAUGUAGCAUCUAAGAUUGUCAUUCCACCCGGUACUGUAAGACAGGGCGGCAGACCUCGUGGCGACUCUAAAUUCGGCCCAGGUGCUAAUUUCAAAAAGAGUGGUUCCAUGAGAGGAAUGGAAGGCAGAUCCAACUCGAGAUCCAACUCGAAGAGAAAGUCUAAGAGAAUGGGCGAUGACCGCAAGUCCAACAGAGCAUACACAUCAAGAAAGGACCGCGAAAAGAUGGCAGAGGAAGAAGCCCAGAAACUGCAAGAAGAAGUGGCUCCGCUUGUUCCAAGUGCUAACAGAUGGGUUCCAAAAUCUAAACAAAAGAAGACUGAGAAGAAGUUCGCUCCAGAUGGUGUUACUGAACUAAUCGAGAAGGAAGACGCUGAAAGAAAGAUGAAAUCUCUACUGAAUAAGCUGACUCUUGAAAAGUUCGAUCCUAUUUCCGAAGAAAUUAUUCAAAUCGCCGAUCAAUCUAAAUGGGAGACUGAUUGCUCAACAUUAAAGGUUGUUAUUGAAGAAAUUUUCCGCAAAGCUUGUGACGAGCCACAUUGGUCUUCAAUGUAUGCGCAAUUGUGCGGUAAGGUUGUCAAAGACAUGGAUACUGAAAUCAAAGAAGAAGGUGUUGACGGUAAGACAGGUCCGAAAUUGGUUUUGCAUUACUUGGUUGACAGAUGUCACGCCGAAUUUCAAAAGGGCUGGACCGAUAAGCUACCUACUAAGGAAGACGGCUCUCCAUUGGAGCCAGAAAUGAUGUCAGACGAAUACUACCAGAUGGCUGCUGCCAAGAGAAGAGGUUUGGGUUUGGUGAGAUUGAUUGGUUUCCUAUACCGUUCUCAUCUAUUGACCGCCAAGAUGAUGUUCGAAUGUUUCCGGAGACUAAUGAAGGAUUUGGCUGACAGUCCAUCAGAGGAAACAUUGGAAUCUGUUCUGGAAUUACUAAAUACUGUUGGUGAACAAUUUGAGGGCGAUCGUAUGACUCAACAAAACGGUACUCUAGAGGGUGCCACUGUUUUGGACCAAUUGUUCUACAUGCUUGACAAGGUCGUUGAGGCCGACGAGAUCUCAAGCAGAAUCAAGUUCAAGUUGAAGGACAUGAUUGAGCUAAGGGAAGUCAAGAACUGGAACAGCGUCAAGAGGGACGAGGGCCCAAAGACCAUCCAACAGAUUCACGAAGAAGAAGCCGCUAAGAAGGCUAUGGAGGAAAGAGAGCGUAAAUACAAGGGUAACUCGAGAUCAGGCUCGAGAAGAACCAACUCCAAUAUCAUGAUGGGUACCAGAAGCAAUUCCAGAAGAGAACCUGCCCCAGUCUCCAAAGACAGCUUCAUAUCGACGCGCUCUUCCUCUUUGAGACAUGUUCAGAACGCAGCCAAGGAAGACGCUCCUCAACCACAAAAGACCUCUGUUAACAUGUUUGAUGCAUUGAUGGGUGCCGAAUCGGAUGACGAUGAAUAA